AUGAAAAAGAGUUACGGAGGAAAGCGUAGAGAUGACAAUCCAGAUGUUGGAUUAUCAAAGAAGCUUGCAUGGCUUUUGAGACAUGGCGCAGAAAAGGAAGGUCUCAAUAUGGGUUCUGAUGGCUAUGUUUUACUUUAAGAGAUCAUGUCCAGAAAUGAUUUCAGUACCAUAACAUUCGAUAAAGUUAAAAGCGUGGUAGAUAACAACGAUAAGAAAAGAUUUGAAAUGAUUUAAAAAGAACAUAACGGAAAGAUUGAGUGGUUUAUUAGAGCUAGUUAGGGACAUACCAUAUCUUCUAUUAACGAUGAAGAGUUAUUGGACAAAAUAUCUUUAGAUGUUGCAUCUUCUCUUGGAAUCGUUGUCCAUGGAACAUAUAAAUAAUUCUGGGAACCUAUAUCUAAGGAAGGUUUAAAGACAAUGCAAAGAAACCAUAUUCAUUUUGCUAUUGGAUAUCCUGGCGAUAAGGAAGUUAUUUCUGGAAUGAGAAAAACUUGUGAUGUAUACAUUGAAAUAGAUUUAGUUAAGGCUAUUAACGAUGGAAUUGAUUUCUUUAUGUCAAAAAAUAAUGUAGUUCUAACUUCUGGUAUCAAUAAAGUUUUACCUCCCAAGUACUUCAAGGUAGUUAAAGAUAGAAAUGGAAAGAUCUUAUUUGCAUAGCCUGAAAAAUUAGUAGAAUAAAAAGAUGAUAAUAAAGAAGAAAUAGAGGAACAAAAAUAAAGCAACUGA